AGACUGCCUGGGGCGAGGGGACAGAGACCUCUUUGGUGUCUGGGGGGAGGGUUGGGGGGCUGGGCAGGUCCCUGGCUGGAAGGGCCCUUCCGUGGCUCCCUGGGCAGACGGGCUAUGGGCCUGGCCAGCAUCUGCCCUUUGUCUCCUUGUGCUGUGAGGGGCUCGGCAUGCCCCAGCCUCCUCCAGAGGAGCCUGACCCCCAGAGCCGCAGUGGGGAGCCAGCCUGCCUUUCCCUGCAGGAGUCUCACCGGCCAACGGCCGACUUCCGCCUCUACGUGGAGAGCCGCACACGGCACCUGGACGAGCUGAGCCGCCGGCACGUCCGCGUCUGCCAGCUGUACAGCCGCACCAGCACUGGGCACCUGCAGGUCCUCGGCAAGAGGGUCCGUGCCAACGGCGAGGACGGCAACCCAUAUGCGCUGCUGGCCAUGGAGAGCGACACCUUUGGGAGCCACGUUCGCAUCAAGGGCAAGGAGACGGGCUACUACGUCUGCAUGGACAGGAGGGGGAAGGUGCUGGGCAAGCUGGACGGGCGGAGCCGGGGCUGCGUCUUCGUGGAAGAAGUCCUGGAGAACAACUACACGGCCUUCAUGUCGGCCUGGCACCGGGGCUGGUACCUGGGCUUCACCCGCAAGGGGCGGGCGCAGACGGGGCCACGCACCCACCGGACCCAGCGCGAAGGGCACUUCAUGAAGAGGCCCCCCAAGGGCGCAGGGGGCGAGGGGCAGAGCCCGUUCCGCUUCACUGCCCUCACCCAGCGGACUAAGCGGGCCCUGGGGCCCUCGAGCCAGAGGCCCGUGCCCAGCCGGUGCCCAUCAGGGGCUGGGGCCCACGCUGUGCCCAGCUCAGCAGGGCGAGGAGACGGGGUCCCCGCAGGCAGUUCAGCUGCUCUGGCCACGCCAAGGCGGGUGGGCGAGCAGCUAGGGGGGCGGGCACAGGCGCUGCCCCACAUUCCCGCGGGCUUGCAGUGGUGCACUGCCCCACAGCCCUGACAGGUGGGUCACCCCACACGCUGCGCAGGGGCUGCCCCAGAGAAGGGCUGGUUUCAUGCUGCCAGAGGGGGACUAGUCGGUGGGUUAACGUCAUUCAAUAUUGCGGCGUGGGGCCUGAGCGUCUGCCUCUCUCCCCUUGCGUCUGCUGCACCUCGGGGGGGGCAGCCUGGGGGGCCAGCGCCUGGAA